UCUCUAUAAAAGUCAAAAAAAGUGAAGCAUCGUACUACGAUUUGUAUGAUGCGCUUUAUUUUCGGAAAUACUAAUUGAAAUCAAUGCAAUUAACAUUAUUGGAUUAAUUUAUACUAAUCAACGUGCACGUUGCAACGUUUCUUGCAUACGUGUUUAUUGUGGGUGUGUGUGAAUUGACCGUAUUGGGAUGUGCGUUGUUUAUCUGACAUGUACUUAUGUCGGAAUUUCCUAAAUAGACUAGACGUUUGAUGUCGGGGCCGCGUAUAAAAAUAACAUUGGUUUGUCGCGUCGGGUCGGGAGGGCUGAUCCCGCCUGCGCCAUGGUUCUGAUGAUGGCUUCCAAGAUAUUGUACCUCGCCGUGAUAAUCAUGUUUGGGUCUCAAGUAGCUUCAGCAGCUCCGCCCUCUGACGAGAACCCUCCUCCCCGGCCCAAAGAAGGCCGAGUCACCACCAAGUACUGCGAGUUCUUCAAUGGCUCCCAAACAUCAACAUGUGAUACGUCAAAAAAUUCCACUUGUGUCCCUGACGUCAUCAGGGAAGAAUGUCCACCGGUGGAAGCCGAUAAGAGCAACCACUGCUUUGUUCUCUGGCAGGUGGAUAAUGUCACGAAUACAGCAUAUCCGAAGGUAAAAGGAUGCUUUGUCGACACGGUCUCGUGCACGGACCGCGCGUCAAACUGCCGGCUCCACUACUCGAAACUACCCCUGCUCCAUUGCUGCUGUGAAGGAAAUAUGUGUAACCAAAACGCAGUGUUCCCGGGCAUCGAAGCCGGGAUCCCAUCACAGACUGAAGUCCCACCCGCCCGAGUGCCAGCAUCUGCCGUCCCUAGCGCUGACGAUGACACGAAAGCCGUCAUAGCUUACACGCUAACACCACUGUUCCUGCUGUUCGCCAUUCUCGUCGGAUGUUACUUGCUGUACAGAAAACGUAAGGGGUCCUCGUUCGCGGAACUAGCAAACGGAGAGGCUUCGUUAUCUAGGCCGCCGUCUGCCGGCGCCGGCAUGGAGAACGAAGCGGUCGGUCUUGUGGGACAGGUUACACUGUGCGAGGUUAGAGCUCGUGGUCGAUUCGGAGCCGUGUGGAGGGCGAAGCUUGGCCAGCGUGACGUUGCCGUUAAAGUAUUCCCUUUGCAAGACAAGCAGUCGUGGCUGGCUGAGCAGGAGAUCUUCCGUCUCGCUCGUAUGGAUCACCCGGACAUCCUCCACUACAUUGGCGUUGACAAGAAAGGCGACAAUCUUCAGGCUGAAUAUUGGCUGGUCACUGCUUACCAUGAAAAGGGAUCACUUUGCGACUACUUGAAAGGUCAUACCCUGACCUGGGUAGAGGCUUGGCGUAUCGCGGCGUGCGUCGCCCGCGGUCUGGCUCACUUACACGAGGAAGGCGGUGGCAAACCUGCCGUCGCACACCGAGACUUCAAGUCCAAGAACGUACUUCUGAAAGCGGACUUGAGCGCUUGCAUCGCGGACUUUGGACUGGCCCUGAUCUUCGUAGCGGGGAGGGGCUGUGGUGAUGCCCACGGACAAGUUGGGACGAGGAGGUACAUGGCCCCGGAAGUCCUGGACGGCGCUAUCAACUUCACCAAGGAUGCGUUCUUAAGGAUAGACAUGUACGCAUGCGCACUCGUGCUCUGGGAGAUCGCGUCAAGAUGCACUGACGCAGCAUCAGACACGCCCGGCCAGUACCGGCUGCCUCUAGAAGAGGAGGUCGGCUCUCACCCCAGUCUGGAAGAGAUGCAGGAGGCCGUCGUGCAGAGGAAACUCAGGCCACACAUACCGCCGCAUUGGAGGAACCACCCGGGCCUACUAGUGUUAUGUGACACGAUGGAAGAAUGCUGGGACCAUGACGCUGAGGCUCGUCUCUCAGCGUCGUGUGUGCUGGAGCGAGUGUGCGCCCAGCAGCCGGCCAGCAUCGCGCCCGCCCUCACCCCCGACACCACCCCCCUGCUGAUACACGAACUGGCCGAGCACCAGCCCUGCUGACGUCACACCUACGUCGAACUGCCGCUCAUACAGUUCUGAAACUACCCUCAUACAGGUACACAGCAAAUUAACUGGGGAACAGUGAAUUAGUAUACGAAAGUUUAACUUAAAGGAGGUUUUUACUAAAAAGGAAACAAUUUAACAUUUGUCCAUUGCGUGUUUAACUGUAUUGCAAAACAGAUUCUUAAAGCUCGCAGUGGAUAGUUCAGAAACGUCAAAAUCUAAAUUGAAACCUCCUUUGUAAAUUCGAGGAACUUUAUUUCGGUGUUUAGAUUAAAGUGAAGCCCUCAGUUAUUCUGUGCCUGGAGGUGUUGACGCGGCACGAAACGCGCAAAGGUAAAGUACAAAGUUUAUAAUUGGACAAUCGAAAUGCGAAUCUGUAUAUUGAAUCUGAUGUGUUUCCGAAAUCACUUGGCGGUUAUUUAAGGGUUAAUGUAAGAUACUUGUGGUCAUUCUGUUGGUCACAAACUAGACGAUAAUUAGACGAAUUCCUGUCUAAUGCAGAGCGAGAUAUAAGGUCUUAUUUAGAUUUGUUAAACUUACACCUUUAUAACUAUUUCGUAUUGAGUUUGUGGUCACCAGAAUCGGUCACUGUAUAGUUUAUUUUCCCAUUACUUCUUAGUAAGAUACUAAUAAAAGAUUAUGAAGGUUAUAUGAAGAGAGAAAAAUAAUACGUGUUGUUGGAAAUAUAUUUACUUCAACCCAGUAGCACAGUGGUCGUAUGGACAUUGUGCUGUGGGUUGCAGGUUCGAUCCUUGCGCGCGACAAAUGUCUGAAGUUAACAUACAUAUAUUUGUUCCGUGCUUGGUUAGUUUUGUGUAUGUGAUGUAGAUGUCUGUAAGCGCUCGUUUGAGAGUUUAAUAUUAAAUGCAGAUGAAUUGAUCUUUACGUGAUAAUUAUAAACGGUCCUAUAUUUUUCUAAGUCAUGUAGAAACUACAUCAUUUCAUGUUUAUUUUUUUGGGAAGCAAACAACGAUUAGUUAAAAUGUACAUAAACAUUUACUUUUGAACAGACUUGUGUCCAAAUACUAAAAUGUAAUAUAUUUAAGUGACCAUUGACUGUCAUGAUGUAUGUCGCUAAAUCAUGUAGUUUCACCAUGAUUCGUUAUAAAGACAGGAUUUUGUAAAUUUAAUGAUUAACAGCAGUGAUAAAAAAUACAAGAAUUUUUUUUACAUAACACGGUAUAUGCACCAAUUACUAUUACAAUUUUAGAACAGUUGUCAAUCUAUUUUUGUGUCCUAGCAUUUUGUUUAAACCGCACAAUUUUUUACAGUUACUUCUGAUUAUAAUUAAGCAGCCUGGAUUAUAAAUUUAUGAAAAAGAGAGGUAUCUUUGCAGUGUAGUUUUCAUAGAAUGCAGGUGAUUAAAACUCGAUAAGUAGAUAAUAAAGAAUAAACUUAUCGAAUUUCCUUAUGGAAAUGAAUUUAUUAAAAUAGCCUUGAAAAAAAUACGCUUAAUUGAUUUUCGAAUCAAGAUUUGAUUUUCAACACUGAAAGGGGAGACACCAAAUUGUUAUACCAUCGACAUCAACUAUGUCCCGUUAAAACAUUGACGAUGUGAAAAGCCUUCCUGGUUAUAAUUUUAACGUAUCUCGACGAAAAACAAUAGUCUUAUUCAAAUAUGAUAAAUUCCUAUCUAUUGAAUAAAAACUAAAAAUUGACAUUAACUAAAGACAAGACGCAUACACGACCAUUAUCAGUUCCACCACCAUGCUUUAUGGUAUUCAUUUUUAAUUUAUGGUUAUGCUACAAUAUAUGUAAAAUACACUAGGUACAAUACAAUUGGUACGAUACACCAACAGAAUAUACAGGAAUAUCGUAUCGUUUAGCGUCAGAUAUCCGGCUUGAGAAUCGCCCAUUAAAUAAUAAUUAACAAAUGAACUACCUCGGAAUAUCAAUCCACUACUGUUUUAUUGCAAGUAUUUGCAUUCUACAAAACGUCAACAACUUAAUUCAAUCUUAAACCUAGUAUUUACGUGAUCCUUUUAUUAAAACGGCAUUAAAUUUUACCUGCUUGAUUAAAUGCUACUCACGCUUUGCCACACGCAAAUAGAAAAUUAUAAAUUUUUUCAAUGAAUUUUAUUCUCAUGAAUUAACAGAACAACGUCUGUUAUUCCUGUGAAAGAUGAACGAAUGUAUCAUGUUCAUAAUUCGUCUGUUUACGAGUAGGGGUCCUCUAUAGGCUCCGACGUCACAGGUCUUCCUGAGCAGACACAACAAACAAGUUACAGAGUUAUUCAUAAACAUCCUUCACGCUCAUAGUAAACAUCGUGCCGCGAUCUAAUGCAUGGUAAUUGAUAAUCCCGCUCCCUUUCCUUAACCGAGCCCACUUCCUGGCACUUGCUGUGGAUCUAAUAGUAAAUGUCGCAAUAAAUAUUAUACGAACAGUGUCCAUGAUAACACACGAAGUUAGGAUAAAUAUAAAAGUAAAUUAAAUUCGUUCUCUAGUUCCAUUUUUGGAACGGGACAGUCUCGCCACAGUAGUUAUCAUGGACACUGUAUUAUUUAUUUAUUAAGUGUAAAUAUUUAUUAAGAGAAUGUUCAUUUCAUGUUCUCUAUUUUUAAAUGUUUCUUAUUUAAUUUCGAACAUAAUUCUCGAAAUUAGUUUCGUAAUGAAUCGAUGUUAAUAUUUUUAUCAUUUGAACAAUAUCGUAUUUUAUUGUAAGUACUAACAUAACGUAUUAAUUUGCAGCUAAAGCGCUAUGUUAUUGAAUACUCGUGUUAUAUAUUAUAUUUUUUUAGUAACAUUGUUAUAUUAUCAUUAUUUUUAGGUACUUUUAUAGUGUGGGGUCCCUAGCACAGUUGUCACGUCAAUGCAUGUUACACGUCAUUUUGUUAUGGCUUUAUUGGCCAAUGUUCACUGCCAACAGACUAUCACACAAUAUCAAACUUAUCUUGCCUGGUUUCACAUGGGACCUCUUAUUUUGUAAGACUGGUAUUAUUUUAUUAAUUGGCUUUAUUUACUUAGUUUAUCAGUUAUUUAAAUGUAAAGCGAUCAAAAGUGCUAAAUUUAUGAGAAAUUAAAGCAAUGAAAUUAGUCUUAAUAUUUGCAUAAGUGGGUGUCAUUUGCUAAAUUAAGUUAAUUUAAUAUUUAGAGCUAAUCAGUCUUAGGCCCAGCUUCUGUUACAGCUCAAAACUCACCAAUGUUUGUUAGAAAAGUGUGUCUAAACUAGUGGGUUGAAUGUAGGAAAAUGUAUGAUUUUAUACAAGUUAUGAAUUUGUUCUUGUUUAUAAAACGAUUUGUUGGAUGAGUUAAACAUCUGUUUAUAAAAAGGCAUAUUUAUGUCGGUGCCAUAUGUUUUGAGGCUAAAAAUUAUGAAUGUUAUUGGAAAAUUGUUAAUAGAAGAAUAUGAGAUGGUGACACCUAUAGGCGAGCGCAAAUCGGUGGUUACUUUGUCUUUGACAACGCCUUUAUAUUAAAGCAAUAAGGUAUAAUUUCGCAAUUCGGUAUUACCAAUGACACACGGUCGACCGUAAGUGUAUCACCAUCCAAUAACUAGAAUGUAACGGUUUCUGAAAGACUGUCUAACAUAUGGAAUAUGAUUGGUGGACCAAAAACACAAAAACCAAUCACAGAAGGAUGUAAGUUAAUCAGUUUUUCGGAAUUCGUACGUCUUCUUGUGUAAAUUGUUUUUAUUCAGGAGUUCAACUCCAGGUGUUAGUUUGAAAUUUUCAUGUGAGUUUUGAGCUGUAAGGAUGCUAGGCAGUGUAUCUUUGCGAGUGUAAGUGUUACAUGUUGUGCCAUAGACAGGACUGGUUACGCCAUCUGCACGUACAGUGCAAAGUUAUCUGAGUUAGUGUCUUAGAUGGAGAUGUGAAUGUUACCUCCAACUUAUUUGUGAAAUGUGGGAUUUUUAACUACGACAUUGUGUUGUAUCGUCUUGCUACUUGUGUAAAAGGCUGCACACUACAUUACUGGUUCCCAAUGAGACACCAGCGACGAUAGUGUCUCCUACAACACUCCAUUGUAACAUACUGACCUAGAUAACUUUGUGACACUGUCGUAGUUUUGAAAGGGAUAGACUUUCAAAGUCACGUCGCCUCUUCCUAAAUUAGUCAAUAAUGUUGAACGCACUUUAUUCGUAACAAAACUGUGAUUUUGUUCUCUUACGUCAUUCUGUAAUAUCAUGCAAGUCGCGUAAGAGAACAAACCUCUGAAAACGAAAUAUCAUUGAAAAUAUUGUGAUUUUAGAACAUAAUUGAAAUAUCAUAAUGGGAAAUCAUGAUGAAUUUGAUUUACCUAUGCCGUGUGCAUAUCACCACACAUAGACUAAGUAAUGUUGCCAAAUGUAAAUAAUGUAGACUAAGGUUAGUAUAGGAUAUUUUCGUCUGAAUGUCAGAGUUUUAGGUUGUGGGCACACAUCCCCAAAAACUUGCAAAUAUAUAUGUUUGUUUUUGUACUAUCUAUUCAAGUCGCUAUAGCUUUUGUAAAUUGCUUAACUCUAUGACUUGAUUUAGAGACGGUUUAUCUUUGAUUCCUCCAGUGUAAUAAGCCCUCCAGCGACAUGUUUGCUUGGGUUUCGAUUGAAAGCAAUUGUACAGCUUUAAUAUCAUCAAAGAUAACCGAAUAAUCAAACAAUUGAUUCAGACUUCGUCAGAGUAUUUUAAGGCCUAAUUCGAUUGUACAAUCGUCCUCCGUGUGUCCACAGCUCUAGUGUAAAAUACCUAUUGUAAAAGAGUAGUGAGUUUUUUAGAUUGGGUAGUGUAGACAUUUCGGUGGGUGUCGAUGCAGGUCGAGUUACCGCCCGGCGGUGUCUCGGCGGCCAUGUUUAUCAUUUAUUUUUUAUUUCAAAUUAACAAACGUGGAUGUCUGUUGAAAUUUGAUGUAUUAAAAUAUAUUUUCUAGACAA